AGGAAGAGUCCGGCAGAGAAAGAGAGGAGAGAGAGAGAGACUGAAAGCAUUCCUGAAAUUAUUGACAUUUAAAGGAAGCAAUUCCUUUGAUAGUGUCCUUCUGCAAAGACCAAGAAUUAAAGGAUCAGAAUGAAGUUUAUUAUUGGAAUUGGAGGUGUGACUAAUGGAGGGAAGACCACUCUGACGAGUAGACUUCUGAAGAACUUACCAAAUUGUUGUGUUAUACAUCAAGAUGAUUUUUUCAAGCCCCAAGAUCAAAUAGAGGUCGGGGAGGACGGCUUUAGACAAUGGGAUGUGAUCACCGCGUUAGAUAUGGACGCUAUGGCGAACACAGUUAAGGGAUGGAUCGAGAACCCGGUGAAGUUUGCACGUUCUCACGGCGUGACCGUUUCAGCCAUGUCUGACGACUCGGACCCUGAACGCGAGAUCCACAUCCUCAUUAUAGAAGGAUUUCUGCUCUAUAACUAUAAGCCUUUGCAUGAUGUCUACAACAAGUGCUACUAUGUCACCAUUCCAUACGAGGAGUGCAAAAGGAGAAGAAGUACAAGAAAGUAUACCGUUCCUGACCCCCCUGGUCUUUUUGACGGCCACGUUUGGCCCAUGUACUUGAAACACAGGAGAGAGAUGGAGAAUAACAGCCUAGAUGUCCUAAAUCUGGAUGGAAUGAAAUCCAAAGAGGAGAUCUACAACCAAGUUUAUGAAGACAUUCAGAACACAUUGUUGAAUAUGUUAUAGCAUCUCCAGAUUGCAUGAAGAUGUAUGUGUAUAGAACUGUAAAUAGCAUUUUAAGUAGAUAUGGCUUUGUCGAGUGAACAAAUAUUGUAAAUAAUAUAAUAAAAUACUAACUUAUUGCACAACUGAUGGCAAAAGCCUGGAAUUUUAUAUUGAUCUAUGUAACUUUUCUUUUAUUAAAAGAGGUAAUGCUGUCUGGAGUGCCCAGAGAUGAACAGUAUUUUGCUGCCAUGUGUUUUUAUUGUACUGGAAUUGAAAACUCUACUGAAACUCUAUUUGACUAAAAGGUCUUGGGUUAUAAAAGUCAUUUG